UAUAAUUUUAAACUCAUUUUUUGUCGAAAAAAUGCUUUCUAGACCAACCAAGGACGUUGACUCAGUUACAAACCCAACACCAUGUGUUAUAUUAGAGAAAGUGAAACCCCUAAAGGAGGAGAAGAUUUCAGCUUCCAUAAAAAUACAUGUUAAGAAGAAGCCUUCUGCGAAAGAGAUUUAUUUCCAGAAAUCAAUAUCUAAGAUUAUGGCUGAGAAAACUGAUGUAAAAAAGAACUAAUGGAAGGAGAAUUCAUACCUCAUGCUCGAAUCGGAACAUUGAACGCCAUAGACUCUGAUCUAGAGAUAAUACAAAGGGUAUUUAGCAUGAUUUUAUAUGAUUAGGUAUGAGAAAAGAUAGAGCAAGGAUCAGUUCGAGGAAUAGUAAAAUGUUCAAACUGAAUACACCCUCUUCAACUCCACCAACAGCUUUCUUAUAAUUGGAACACAUCAGAGAGCCCCCACUACUACUCCUCAAAGUGUCAGGAAUGGUAAUAUGGCAGGUCUGAGUCAGCGGUAUCAAAGCAGCCGGAAAAUAUCAAAAAUGGUUCAAAACUCUAACUAUGAUCAUGUCAGAUGGUGGGAGAGUUUCAAGAAGAUUGCCUCAAUCAACCAAGAUCAGAUAAUACAAGAUCUCAAGACCGCACCUAUUCCUUCAACUUCUCAUACUCAUCAAAGAGGGAAAACAAGGAAAGAACAAAAUAUCGGAAUUGUUAUUGAUAAGAAAGGAAAGGAUACCAUUGAAAAUUUUGAGAAAAUGACACCUCAAGAAUGGGCUGUCGCUAACUAUGAAUUUUGUGACGUUAGACAAGAAAAUACUAUCAAAGAGAUUUGAGGAUUGUUUAAUCAAAAAGAUUCGUUACCUCCAAAGGAAAAAUUUCAUCAGGAUAUAGCUACUGAAAAGCUCAAGAACACCAAGAAUUCGGUUAAACAGUUGAAAAUGCUCCAAAACCUUGGCCUUGCAAAUGUUUGGAAGGAGUACUGAUACCCUACUUCAAUCGAAGAAGUUCUGAGUUACCUUCAAGAGUUUGACCCGAGUGUCACAAAUAUCUUAAAUCAUGAAAUUUUAUUAGAAACCGACUGGUCAAAGGAUAAAUAAAACUUGAAUGAAGAAGCCAAAUAAAAUCAACGUAAACAUGACUGAAAAGGAGCAGAUAAUGGUUUUACAUUCCUGGUUAACUGAAAUUAUGAAGGUAUGUUUUCUCUAUAACCCACAGAAAACCAAAAGCGCACACAAAAUAUCUGAAAUUCGGAACCACUACAUCAUUGGAAUGUAUACCUUCUGUGAGUUGAUCAACCAGAUCAAGUCGCAAUCAAAAGUCCGGUGAGAAAUCAUCAAGGUUCUACAAAAGCAAACCAGCAAUAUUUUUGAGAGCUAUCUUGACUACAUCAGAAAAGAUAGGACUAAAGAGCUAAAGAGUAGGAUUAAGGAGCUUGAGCAAGACCAGAUCUCCAUGUCUAAUGAAAUUGAGUUCCUGAUCAAUAAUAUUAAUGAAUGGAAGGAGAAAACUAAGGACCUAAGACAAGAUCUAAGCGUUUAUAAAGCUAAAAAUCUUGCGCUUAAAGAACGCAUUAAGAAUGACCAGAGGAAAUUUAGAAUUCUCGAUAAGUUGUUUAACCAUCCUGAUGAAUCACCUGAGAGAAUUGCUAGGUGCAUUCCAGAUGAAUUAAAAGAAUACAAAAAGAAUGCAAUAGACAUUGCUAUAGGCCUAAUCAAAGAUGCCAUAAAGAAAACUCUUCUCAAAUAAAUCAUCUAUAAAGAAGCAUUUAUAUAAUGCUAAGUCGAACUUUCACCUCGAUGAUUUUGAUGAUCACAGCUCAAUUAUUCCUAAAGAUAGAGGGUCCUGUAAGAGAGAAAGUCUUUUUGUAAAGAAGCAAGACAGCAGAUCACAAGAUUUCAACUCUAGCUCCAGCUUUGAGAUUUCAAUUAGCCAGUUAGAGAAAGCAUUGACUAUAAAUAUAAUGGAUGACGAGUUAAAUUAUGAUCUUGGCAUUCUCAGCCCCAAAGCUAAGCAUGAAAAUGAAAACCUUGACCUGCCUCAUACCAAUUAUUUCAAGUCUAAAUCAUUUAGCCCCUCUGACAAAUUUGGUGGAUUUGCACAAAGAGUUGAGCUCAUACGGGAAGAGCCACAAGGCAUCGAUGUCAGUGUCCAAUACGAGAAUCUAGAGGAGCUCAACUCUGGCAAUAUCAGCGAAACUGAGAUAAAGCUAUUACAGACUCGAAGAGAGAGUAGGGUUAGCGAAUCUUUGAGUAAUUCAAGAAUCAGUCCCACUCGGAUGAGGAUCUACCAGAAUGUCUUAAACCCUGAAAAGAGUAAGAGUGAAGCUAAGAAGAUUUUUAACAAGAUUAAUAAGAAUUCACCUGUGAAAAUGGACACUCUAAAGGUGACCAGGGAAAAUUAUGUCAGUAAUUUUCCGAUCUCAGAGUCCCCGAAAGCAGAAAAUAGGUUCAAAAGAAUGUUUAGCCGUAGCUCAAGUCGUAGUAAAUAAUUCAGAAUCUAGCUUCCGGAGGCAAGCCAAAGACUCAAAAUUUGUACUCAAAGUUUUGAAAGACAUUCAUGAUGAGAAGGAAGAUAAUGUGGAAAAAUGUACUUCCUUGACUCCUAGUAGAGCCAAACUUGCUGCAAAAGCGAACGCGUUCUCCGAUCUUCAGAUGCUCAAUAAUUCAAAAUAACGGAGGAAAAAGGCUUUCUUUCAACGAAGCUAAUAGCCGGAAGUUUACUUCUUUAUUUAAAAAGAGUGAGUCAAGCUCGGACACUGAUUCUAUAAUCGAGGCUUUUAAUUUGAAAAACAAGGAAGUCAAACAAGAGGAUGAAGACUCUAUCAGUGAUCUUAAGACUUUUGUUCAGAAAAUGGAUGAAGACGAGCUUCAGACUGAACUACCUCGGAGAAUUUUCAAAUCUAUUCGAGGUUUAGCCCAUAAAAUCGCUAUUCUUGAUAAAGAUGAGUAUGGAGACUACAUUUAUCGAGAGAAGGAUCCUUGUGAUGAUGCAAGCCAAAGGUUGAAAAAAGCUUCAAAUGUGCUCAAAUUUUGGCUAAAUCUUCUCAAAUCUGCUAACAGGCAUAAUAUCUCUCAGAAUGAGGAAGCAAAGGAACAAAAGCCAGAGACCUGAAACAAAGAGAUUCAAGUUGAAAUUUCAAAAGUUGGAGCUAAUAAAAUGGGAGUGAAUCCAAGAAAGAGCUUUAAGAAGAGAUUCUCUGUCAGACAUAUUGACAUCAAGCAAAGAAAGGUAGAUGAUGUAAAGAAAGGAUUAAGUAGUUCAAAGCAAGCUGCAGGGCCAUUAAGGAAGAACUCAAUGAUAUAUAAGAAAGACCCUGAUUUUCAUGUCACAGCUCAGAGGCCAUUUAAUUUUGUUUCUAAUCCCAGAUCCAAAAAUGAAAUGAACAAAAAUCCGAGCACAGUUUACAGACUGAUUAGUUUUGUAAAGCAGGAAGGUUCGAAUUCGAUCAGAGUAGCUUCUGUCAAAAACGUUAUAAAAAUUAUGCAUAAUCUUUAUUAUGAGAAAUCUGCAAAUGUCAAGCAAUCUCUGAUUGUUGAAAACAAAACCUUAGCAGAAUCAUUGUUUGAGACUCUAAUGCAUACUUAUGGAAUCGGAAAGCUGGCAGAGAAUAAGGCAAUGGAAAUAUUUUCAACAGUCAAGAAGUGCAGCAACAUGCCUAAUUUGAAUAUAUUUGGAAGUUUCCUCGGCCUCUCGAAUACUAAAUUUUAUUCAAAUGAUGAUCUCAAGUUCUUCUUUUAUUUGAACAAAAAUUUAGUCCUGCAUGAAGCACUGGAAGCAAAGCCAUAUUAUAAAAUGGAUCAUAAUUUUGAAGCCAAGUUUUAUAAUUCCAGAGAGGUAAUGCUUGCUCUUGAUACUAUAUUUAAAGGUGUUCUUUCUCAAGAGUAUAAAGUGGAGAAACUCGAAGAAUUUAAGUUAUUUAUCUCAGAAAUUACUGAAAAAAGUGGAGAAGAGCUUACUCAACUAGACUACGAUAUUGAAAUCCCUGCAGAAGCAGUCCAAGAAUGGUCACUAUCUCUCUACACUGAAAUUAAGCUAAAAAUAAUAGAAUUUCUACUAUCCAAAAACCUCAUACCACCUCACAUCACUUCCAACCCCUCUAAACCUACUGAAACACCCGAGUACUACCUGCAAAUUCUAAAUUCCUGCAUUUCUCUAUCUGAAUCCCAUAAAAUGCUCUCUUUCUUCUACACUGAAGAAGAGAUUCCCCAAAUCGAUGAUUUCCUGCAGUCCCACAGACACAACCCUCUAGACUGUUUGCUUGCAGAUGAGGAAUAUCUUGAGGUAGAAGACCAUAAAUUCAAGAUUGAAACUAUUGUUGCUGAUCUUUUUGCAAGCAAAAAGUAUUGUGUUUAG